GGCCGUGCAGGGUGUGGGGACUGGGAUAAAAGGCGCGGGCUCCCGGGGACUCUGCGCAGACAGCGGACAGCAGUCACCCUGCGAGAGGACAGCCAUGGCCAAGGAGUGGGGCUACGCCAGCCACAACGGUCCUGACCACUGGCAUGAAAUUUACCCCAUUGCCAAGGGAGACAACCAGUCACCCAUCGAGCUGCACACAAAGGACAUCAAGUACGACUCCUCCCUGCAGCCAUGGUCAGCCUCCUACGACCCAGGCUCCUGCAAGAGCAUCCUGAACAACGGCAAGACCUGCCGGGUGGUGUUCGACGACACUUACGACCGCUCCAUGCUGAGGGGCGGCCCGCUCAGUGGACCGUACCGGCUCCGCCAGUUCCACCUGCACUGGGGCUCCGCAGAUGACCACGGCUCGGAGCACACGGUGGAUGGAGUCAAGUACGCGGCCGAGCUGCACUUGGUCCACUGGAACCCAAAGUACAACACGUUUGGAGAAGCUCUGAAGCAGCCCGACGGGAUAGCUGUGGUUGGCAUCUUCCUGAAGAUAGGACGAGAGAAAGGCGAGUUCCAGCUGAUUCUCGACGCGCUGGACAAAGUUAAGACCAAGGGCAAGGAGGUGCCCUUCACGCACUUCGACCCGUCCUGCCUGUUCCCCGCCUGCCGCGACUACUGGACCUACCACGGCUCCUUCACCACGCCGCCCUGUGAGGAGUGCAUCGUCUGGCUGCUGCUCAAGGAGCCCAUGUCCGUGAGCUCGGAGCAGAUGGCCAAGCUGCGCAGCCUCCUGUCCAGCGCUGAGAACGAGCCCCCGGUGCCCCUGGUGGGGAACUGGCGCCCACCGCAGCCCAUCAAGGGCCGGGUGGUGAGAGCCUCCUUCAAAUGAGCCCGCGCAGGAGGGACGCCGCCCCGGAGAGCUUGGUUCCUGGCCUCCUGUCAGUGCUUCUUACUCUGAGUGUAUUUCAGAUUCACGCUGAGCCACGAAUGAGGGAGCUGCUGUCACGAGGAACCACAGUUCCUGAUGACAGGGCCGGACAGGGAGCAUCCGUCUGUGCAGUGACCCCUUCCCUGUGAAUGUAGCCUUUGCGGUUUCAGAAAAAAAGAAAGAUAGCAGAGGAAAGAGACAGAAAGGGGCUCUUGGUCACCAUCUCCCUGUCAUCACACAUUUCACAGAGCUUCAGUUUUACUAUUUCCACACAUGGCGCUGUCUGUCCUAACCGCUUAGUGAGUGGUUCUACAUGUAGGUGACAGGUGAAUGUAAGUCACACAGCAAUUAGACAUGAGCACAGGUACAGUGACCGUGGACACCAAGCACUGAGAUGUCCGUUGUUUGGGCCCUUCAAUAAAACCAACGAGGGGUCCGUGGUGUGCUAAAACCCCAGCUCCCACGACAUGACCUGCUUCGAUGAUCAGUGACAGGGAGACUCACUCGAGCAGGAGUUUUACAGAAACAAACAUGACCUGGUAUUUGCAUUUCAUCCUUAAGAUGGUUGGCUUUAGCCUAAUAUUUUCUUUGCCUGAAGGAGGGCCAUUUCUCUUUAAUGUUGCUGCUUUGAUUUCUGCAUGCUUGUUAAACACUGCCGGGGCCGUCUUUGUACGCUGAGUGGGAUUCACAGUUCCUGGCCCGCACGGGGGCAAACGCCAAGCAGACGGUGAGGCGGGGGCUGAUCACCAAACUAAUAAAGACAUGAAUGCAAAGA